AGAUGAUGACAAGUCGAGUUUCUUUGCUGAGGAUGAGGUUGAAAUUCCUGAUUUUUCCCAAGGCAAGGAAUCUACUCAUCAUCACAAUGACGAAGUUAGUUUGGAUGCUGAGGAUGUCUAUGCACUCUCAACACAUACCAUUAACCCUAGUGCUAAAAAGCUACUAAAAGAUAAUGAUGUUGGUUGUUUUAGAAAUCAAAAGCUAGAUGGAGCACGGACAUGGUCCAUGAUAAGUAAAGAAGCUGAGGCAUUGAUACAUUUGAAUGAAGAUGUGAUUCCUGCAGCUUCUGCUUUCUCAAACGCCGAGAAUACUUGUAAAGGAAUCAGAGGCAAAUUGAAGCCCAAAUUUUCUCUGCAUUUUAAGUCGCAUAAAAAUGGACUGGUUCAACCUUAUACUUAUAUGGAUGAAAAUGUCAUGUUGCCUAGUCCUUGUGACAUGCCUGAACAAUUGGAACCAAAUGAGGAUGGAACUUUAGAAGAUAUGAAUUUUGAGUUCCUUGAAGGUGUUGAUGAAGAAAAUAAUGAAAAGUUGGCAAUUUUGCCUGCUGAAGUGGAAGCUUUUGGGAAUGGACUCAUUAAACAUUCAAUGGCUGAGCUCUUAUUUGGCCUUCAAGAUGGAAAUGUUGUGCUAAAAGAAAAUUCUAAAAUGCCUAGAAGAACCAGAGGUAAGAAGGCACAGCUCAUUGUUAAGAAAAGUAUAUCAUCAUUAGGGGAGAGAAUCAUCGACAAUGAAGAACAGCCAGAACCAGUAUAUUCUGGAUCAUCUGGUGAUGACGAGGCUGAUCAUCACGGCCUAAGUCUUGCAAACCUGGUGAUGAAGAAGCAGACUAUGGCCGACCAAUUUCAAGAAGCUUUAGCUGCAACUUCUUUCAGCAAUGAAGAGGUCCAUGUUACUACUGCUAAAUUGUCAGGUAUCGGAUUGUUUGGGAAGUUGCAGCAGGUCAUGCAAAGUGAAAAGGAAAAGGAUGCUGAUUUUUUAAGUAGGAUACAGAUGGGACGUAGACCUGAUGAUGAAUCAUGUUCUAUUGUUGUAAAGAUCCUUUCAAGAUACUUGGAUGCGAAUUUGAUAGUUUGUCACUGCUCCUUUGGCGAGAAUGUAGAGGGAUUCCACUUGCCAGAUAACGCGCAAACAUUAUCCGAUCGAGGAAAGGAAGGAACGGUCAUAUUUAGUCCAAAAGUUUGCAGCAAUGUGGAUCUUGAAGUCGGGAACUUCAUUUGUAUACACCCUACAUGGAAAGAGAUUCAAGUGCUGGGUAAUGAUGAGACCAUUAUCUUAUCCACAUAUUUCUCCCAUAUUUGAUGUGGCCAGCUCAGGUUGAUUUUCCAAGAGAGAUAUAUAUAUAUAUCCUUGCGUUCAUAUUUAGCUUCAAAUUUCUUUCUUCUUUCAUCUAAUUGAUGAUGGCAUACAUGACAUGACUAUAUGUUAUUACACUUCUGCAUGCUUUGUAACAAUAUUGCCAAGAUGACAUGAGUUUGCGAGAAUUCGCGAAUUACUCGACAUGAUUUAUUUCAUUACAUAUCUGUAUAUUGAUUACAGUAUAUACAAUCUUGAUACUCCAAUGAAA